AUGACGUUAUAUGUAUGGGGACAUAACAAGUCGCAGCAGCUUGGAUUGGAUGUAGUUGACAACGAAUUACUCGAGAUAACGGAGAUAAAAUCUCUACGUAAUGAAGUAAUUGUGGACAUUUCAGCUGGUGCAAGUCAUUCUCUCGCCCUCAACGAAUUUGGUCACGUCUUUGCAUGGGGUCGCGGUCGGGAGGGUCAAUUAGGGCUGGGCGACGUGGCCACCGAUCUCUCGAAACCCCGUCGUAUCGGUGGUACGUUGGCUACUGAGUUAGUAACUAAGAUCUCAUGUGGUGAGUCACACUCGUUAGCGGUUACAGUCUCGGGUGACCUGUUUAUGUGGGGUCUCUUACCAGUAGCCAAAGUGUUGCAUGACGAAGACGACGUGUCGGAUCGAGCUACGAUCGAGUUAACAGGUCUUUCGAGUGACGAAAUGCAACGCAAUACGUCCAGAAACGAGACACGUCAUCAUGUGGACGACAGUAUCAUGGCCCGACUUGUGCGGGACAUAAUGCGUGUAUAUGAAGAUGUUGAUGGAGAAAAUGUCAAGGUGCAGACAAUUCGAGCGCCUUGUAUGACGCCGCAACUGUGUACGGGACCAUUGGCCAAACUUUUCGUGACGACCAUUGCAGCGGGGUUUGCACAUUCGUUGGCGACAACGAAUACAGGUGCAGUUUUUAGUUGUGGCUACAAUGACAAUGGCCAACUUGGCCUUGGAUCGAGACGCAAUUCGGCUGCAUUCCAGCACAUUCAGGCACUAGAUGGAUACUUUAUUGAUCAUAUUGCUUGUGGCCAGCAGCAUUCGCUCGCUUGCUCGAGACUUUUGGAUUCAGUAGAAAUAAAAGAGGAUUCAGACGCCAAUACCAAAUUGCAAUCGGGAGUGUGCUUCUCGUGGGGACUUGGUGUGCUUGGCCAAUUGGGUACGGGACUUGACAUUUCCUGGACUCCACAGGAAGUCAAAUUGGCACGUCCUGCCAUCUCGGUAGCUGCUGGUAGUCACCACAGUGUUGCAGUCACAGACGAUGGCAAAGUGUACACGUGGGGCCACAGUGAGUACGGCCAGCACGGUGCUGGUGAGACUUUUUACGACUUGCAGCAUAAUGCCCAUUAUUUUUUCCCUCGAGUGCAGCAGGCGCUUGCCGAUGACCCUUCCAUUAAGGUAGCUAGCGCAUGCUGCAGCUCGCACUCGACGUUCGCUUUGACAUGUGAUGGGUCAGUGAUGUCGUGGGGCUGGAACGCUUUUGGUAUCCUGGGCAAUGGCAAGUACCAGUACUCCGCGCACCCUCAGCGUGUCUUUGGGCUCAAAGAUAAUGUUGCUGUUGCAGUCGGUGCAGGAUCAAACCACUGCGCCGUGGCAGUUCGACCACGCGGAGCGCAUUACUCGUUGAGCUACGAUCGUGUGCUAGCGAACGCUGAUUUUGCUGACCUGGCGUUCAGUGUGGGGGGACCAACGAAAGUAGAGCGCAUCAAAGCUCAUCGGGUCGUUGUAAGCGCGCGGAGCAGCUACCUCAAAGGUCUUCUGCGCGUGCUUGAUAGCACUGCCAAGAGCACUCAAGGAUUUGGAGCUAAUGAUAAUAGUAGCGUGAAAACGGAAGAAAACGGAUUGUUUGUGGUCAACGAGUUCGAGGAUAUCGAUGCUUUGGUGUUUCGUGCGUUCUUGACGUUCUUGUAUACAAAUCGUCUCGAUGUCGCCAGCCACAAACGGAAGGCGCUUGGUCAGUUUGCGAGCAGCGUAUGCUGCGAUGCACUCGUCGUUCAAUGUCUCGAUACCUGGCGCAAAGAACGGUUGACAUCGCUGCUACCUUCUUUCUUUCGGCGUACAGGACAACAUUUUACAGGAGCACAACCAGCUAGCUCCGAGGCGGAACAAUUUGGGGAGGAUAUGCAAAGCAUGGUGCUUUCCGAGGAAGUAGCAGACGUUGUGUUUCUGUGGCCUGUAGAGAAUGAACCCGACAUGGAAACAUAUGAGCGUCUGCCAGCACACAAGGCUGUGCUUUCGCAGGUGGAAUACUUCCGCACAAUGUUCAUGGGUGGUUUUAGUGAAGGCAACACGGCGCAAGCAAUCACACUUGGAAAACCGAAAGGGUCGGUGCAUGAAAUUCCGCUUCAUUAUAUGCACCGGGAUGGCGUGUCGCUUGAGGCUUUCAAAGGUUUAUUGCUGUGGAUUUACACGGGUUGUUUCGAGUUAUUGAGUGCUAGACUCGAGCCUAGUGAUAUGAUGGUCUUGUACGUUGGAGCUAGUCUACUGGGUCUCUCAGUGCUGGCAAGUAGGUGCGAGUUGCAGCUCGUGGGGUUACUUCCACAGCUGGAUGUCGACUCGCUGCGGGCGUGCGAGGAUUUCGCAGAGCGCUACGAUGCCCGGAGACUGAAGACCAUGAGCCAUCAGGUACUGCAGAAGCAGCAGUCGGCUCAUUGCUAG